AUACAUCAUCUUCCCGUACCGCCGACAUGUCAAUGCUUUCGCACGAGACCACAAGGCGUUGCCGAAGCCGCGGCGGCGUCCACCCAGACGAGACACUUCCACAAGAUCGGCCGUGAGCCGCAAUUACAGAAGCUGCUGCGCAGGGACAUGUGGGAAUGGCUGAAUGGACCAGGGAAAGUCUUCAAAGAGCCGCUGCCUGGCAGUACCAACUACCUCAGUGCAUAUGAUAAAUUCGGACAACUUGUGCGCGUGAAGAAACAACGGCAGAACAAUCCGCGAUCUGGGAGAGGCAGCACAGAGAAUGACUCCGAUGGAGAUCAAGUACAAUCACACGCCGAAACGGAGAGCGGUCUCCCUCCCGAACGAGCUAGCGACAGGCGACCGUACCCGCUCAACCAGGACUUCCGGUCGGAGAGCGUCCUUAGCGAGAGUCUGCGAGAAGAGCUUCAUCGGCAGGUGGCAGAGCGAGGCAUUGAUGUCUCCACCGUCAGUGCGGCGUACGGUGUGGAUGUUCGACGCGUCGCUGCCGUCGUGAGACUGAAGACUAUCGAGAAGCAGUGGGCACAAGAUGGAAAGCCUCUUGCCAAACCAUACAACGAUGCGGUUAUGGCGAUGCUACCACAGACACCUUUCAGGCCGGACGGUCCUGCAAACAGACAGAUCACACCUCACGAAAGCAUCAACGAUCUGCCUGUACACUCAAGUACACGUCAGCAGCUCUUCUAUCCCACAUCCGAAUCUCGACAAUUCACACGCGAGGAUGCCGCAAAGGCAUUCUCCGACGACCUUCUCCCCGCCGACAAGCGAAUUCCACACCCGGAACUCAUCGUACUGGAGAAAGAGGCUCUCGAGGGCAUCGACCGCGAGAAGCGCCACCAGAGGCAGCGCGAGCGUGAUCAGAAGGCACAGGAGGACAGGGCGGCCGCAGAGGAGCGGAAGCGGAAAUGGGAACAGCGAACCCAGCGGAUUGUCCCUGGUCGAAGGUGGGAUUUUAAAUUCCAAGACAUCAGUGCAGAGAACACCGGCAAGACAGGACGUGCGAGGAAUGCGGUGGGCAUCCGGUAUGGUGUGCCACAUGAUGAUCGCAAGAGCGGCAAGAUCAAGAUUCCCACGAGUGUGGAGUGA